AUGUCCUUUGAAGAGUUUCGGAGCCGGAAGAUCCGCGUCUUCCGCAACGGAGACAUUUUCGCACCCGGCAAGAAAGUGGUUAUUUCGACCAGGUUCUACCGCAACUUUGAGCAGUUUCUUCACGCCUUGUCCAACGAGCUGCUCCUCGUCAAUGGCGCUGUUCGGAAGAUCUUCACGAUGGAGGGACAACCCGUCAGCUCUCUGGACGAUGUGCAUGAAAACGGCUCAUACGUCGCCAGUGGCGGCGAGUCGUUCAAGAACCUUAUGCUCACACUCAACGACAUCGUGCGUCUGAAAAGCAAUGUGUUUGUUCAAAAGAUCUUCGAUGCCGAAACAGGAGUGCGCAUUCGGUCGCUGGAUAAGCUCCACGACGGACAAAACAUUGUUGUGGCUUCCCACGAGAAGCUAAAGAAAGGAUCGUAUCGCCUGAGAAAAGCCGAUAGCACCGAGCCCAAAGCCGCCGAAAAGAAGGCCGACGAGGAGCCGUAUCGUAACAUCUCCUGCUAUCCAAACGGAGAUAUAUACCACAACGGCUGGACUGUCAUCAUCCGAAAAAGCCGCUUCCAAACUCUGAAGAAGCUCAUCGAUCACCUGAACUCUCAAAUCGAGCUUAUUAAUGGAAGCGUCAAGAGUAUAUACAGCCUUGAAGGCGCCAAAAUCCAGUCGAUCGAUGAGAUUGCACACGGGCACGAGUAUGUGCUCGCGGGUGACGACCCCUUUAUCAAGGCGGCAUACAACUGCAACAGCUACAAACCACACCAGUCUGGCGAGCCGCGGGGAUUGGCUGGGGCAACGACCCACAACGACUUUAUGGACAAGAUUCGAAAGAUCCAAAAGUCAAAGGCGAAACCGCCGCACCAGCGCCGGGUCACUGAGGGCGCGGCUGCCGAGCCCCAUCCAAGCGAGAAUCCAGUUGAGCCGAAGGUCCAUUCGGCAAAGCCGGCAAAGAAAGUGGUCCGGGUGUCGUCGAAGAUGGAGGUGGUGUCGCCCAAACAGAUGCGCAAAUCCCAAGGCACAGUCUCAAAUGGAUCCAAGUCCCAGGUGGCUGCCGUUGUCGACGAAGACGUCACGCUGAAAUCGAGCCAGGUGGCAGGCAGCGACUCCAAUGCCGUCUACGAAUCCGAGCAUGUUUCCAAGUUUGUGGCCAAGAACAAGUCAGACGAUGGCGGUCCUGGGCCAGUCAAGAAAACAAAGUCGGCCGUCAGCGUAAAAACAGAGUCGCUAUCCUACGAGAGCCUGCCCCCACUGCCGGCUACGGCAGGAUCGUUAAAUGGACCUGCGACAGCGAGCCUGUAGUCGGCCUGUCGCCUGUCCGCUAUCGCACUUUGCAUCUUCACGGCGCAGGUGCAGCACGCCCGCAGCAGCUGGCCUCCGCAUGGGGGACUCGGCGAUGCAGUGGGCGAUGGCUGUCUGGCAGCAUCAUGCAGCCGCUAAAGCAAUAUAAAUUAUACUGGCACUUCGCAUCCGAGCCUGUCGAGCGGCUGUCGAAGUCGGUUGUGUCGG